UUGACAGCUAACCUGCUCAUACAGUCUGCCCGCGGCCACCGAUCACACGGUUCGAUGCCGGACCUUCUCCUCCAUCACCUCCUUCUCUAAAGCCAUGUGUCGGAGGUGUGAGGAGCCCUGCUCUCCGCUCCCUCUCCCCGCUCAGGAGCCAUGGCGGAGCGGCCACUGAGGAGGGAGCAGCGGCCGGAGCACAGCGGCUCGGAGGAACCACCCGCGGUAUCCGCAGCACGACCACGACCGGGACUGACGGAGGACGAUGGUGACGGCGGGUAAAGUUUCCCUCACAGAAGUCGAACCUGUGCCGUUCCACUUGGCUCUGACAGACACUGCGCUCACCUCCAUGGGAUCGUAGCUGCUGCCUCCGGGUGUCCCGCAGCCAUCUGGCGCACUGUCCCGCAGCGGAGCUUUACUAUUUGAAAGCCGAAUCAGUGGAGGUCAACAUGGGGGCAAAGCAGAGCGGCCCCCCCGCUGGGCCGGCUGCGAACGGCCGAACCAGAGCCUACUCCGGCUCGGACCUGCCCUCCAGCACCUCCAGCAGCGGCGGCAGCAACGCGAGCAGGUCUGCCGCCGGGGGAGCGAGGUACCACGGAGCCCCGGGAGCCACGUCCGGCACUGGCCACCACAUCGGGGCCAGGGCCAGGACCAGGACCGCAGGGGGCUCCGGGGGCUCCGGGACCAGGUCCGGGAUCAACAUCCCCAACAGCAGAGGGGCGUACAGCUCCCCGGAGUCCGAGGGCAGCAGCCCGGAGGAGGCAGCGGACACGGAGCACCCCGGCAGAGAGCACCACGGUCCCCGGCUGCUGAUCGGGUCGCUACCGGCUCACCUCUCGCCCAACCUGUUUGGAGGCUUCAAGUGCCCUGUGUGCUCCAAGUUCGUGUCCUCGGAGGAGAUGGAUCUCCACCUGGUUUUGUGUUUAACCAAACCCAGAGUGACGUACAACGAGGACAUCCUCACCAAGGAUGCAGGAGAAUGUGCGAUCUGCCUGGAUGAGCUGGUGCAGGGAGACACCAUCGCUCGCCUGCCCUGCCUCUGCAUCUACCACAAAGGAUGUAUCGACGAGUGGUUUAAAGUGAACAGAUCGUGUCCGGAGCAUCCGUCCGAUUGAAGCUCUUUUUUUUUGCACAGGUACCCCACAAUGAAGGAUCUACCAGAUUGAAAGUGGAUCCUGGGAGACUGCCGGACACUGUGACCACUGUGAUCAGUUCACCACCCCCACCCUCAAAAAUAAUGUAGUACCAUGGUGUGCCAAAUCUCAUUGAAACAAUCUUCAGGGAUACAGACUUUCUGUUUAUGUUCCAGUUGCACAUCCACACUCCACAGUGUCAGACUGGACCAGCCGUUCUCCAACUCGCAUCUUCUGCAGCCCUGAGGCUCACAGCCACACCGGGCGCCAUGACAUGCACUGCUCUUCUCGCCGGGGGGGGGGCACUGGACGGCAGGUGUGAGUAUUUUCCACACCGGGAAACUGGAGGAGAUGGACACGCCGUGCACCCGGGGCGGGUGGAGGGGGGGUGUCAGGGUGAUGAUGAAUUAUCCUUCCCCCCUCCGACUCUGUCCCUCCCCUCCUCCCUCAGCAUCAGUGUCUACCUCAGUGAGGAGUCCUCACUGUCAGCAGAGCCUGGGGCGAGCGCACGGACCUGCAGGACCAUCUCACCUCAUCUACCACUCUGCCAGUUCAGAACAGAGCCAGAGACGGCAGCAGACGUAUGUCUGCACCAGCAGCACGGACGAUAUAAGAACUAAAGCUGCUGUAAAAAACGGUGCCAAACACACACACACACACACACACACACACACACACACACACACACACACUCUCACACUCUCUGACACAAUCAUCAGUGCUCUCGUGGAGGUCUGACUGUGUUGCUGCAGCUGUGACAAAAAAAAGCAGAGUCUCUCAAUAUGAUCAGAUUUAACUAGAACCUCUUCACCUUAUAACGGGAUAUUUUUCAUGUUGCAAUAAAAUACAACCUCUUUUGCUAGAGAUUUGAUCUGGUAUGACAUUUCGAAACGAUAAAAGUUUCUUGCUAUAUACAUUUUCUCUUUGAUGUUAAUACACACAUGUCAGAACAAAAAUCUGUGAGAAGAAGCUUGAGUCAGUUUUCACUGUGUCUUGUUCAACAGUGACUUCAAGGAAUAACAAGCCUCAGUUGUUUUCACUUUCAAUCUGUCAAAACAUGUCAUUUGACAGGACUGUAUUUACUGUUAUUGAUUAUAACACUUGAUCAUCUUUUUAGCAAGUGAAGAUACAUGACAAGAACGAAAGUGAAGAAAAAAAAUGUGUUUUGAAUUUCACAUUUACUGCAUCUUCAUUUUCUGUAUCAUGCAGAUUGCAGACAUCAACUCUCAAACACCCAAAUUUCAGGUGCUGAGAAUUGGAACAAAUCAAACACUGUAUUAAGAAUGGUUGGUGUGGUUGGUUGGAUGAUUUAAAAAGGGGUCAAAUGAAUUGAUGCUAUUACAAACCAGACAUAAAUUAAGGAUAAACAUGUGAACAAUAAAAGACAGAUAUUGGA